AAAGAUUUGGGUUGGGUGUUUGUAAUGAAGAAAGACUUGCAGAGGGAGAAAUAAGAACACUUCAAAUUGAAAAUCCCAACAAGUGUUCCAACUGUAAGAGGUUUCCAAUUUCAAUACAAACCGACCAAUCUGACACCCACAAAAAUCUAUGCAUUAAUGAUUUUUAUUAUUUAAUUUCUUUUUUCAAAAAAGGCAACUGCUUUUGAUUCCUGGCUGUAAUUUUCUUCUGAAUCUGAUUCUUGGCUGUAACUUCAGUUCUUUUUCCCCUGGAGAAGUAUAUAAGGGAAGCAAUAAGCUGGCUCAGAGGCAAAUCAUUAUUGAGGAAGCGAGCGUAUCGCUUUUAGUAGGAGAAACUGGAGAAGGAAGAGAGAACUACUACUACUCCAACCACAACCAACAGCUGAGAUUAAUGGAUGGGAAUAGAGAGGAUUCUUCGCCCAGAAAGGUUCACGAUGAGGAAAAAUUGGCUGUUGAGAUUCCUGAGACUGCUCAUCAGAUUAGCAGUGAUUCAUGGUUUCAAGUGGGAUUUGUGCUCACAACUGGUGUUAACAGUGCCUAUGUACUGGGAUAUUCUGGGACCAUAAUGGUUCCUCUGGGUUGGAUAUUUGGUGUAGUUGGUUUGAUUCUAGCUGCUGCAAUAUCAUUGUAUGCAAAUUCUCUUGUUGCCAAGCUUCAUGAGUUUGGGGGGAAGAGACACAUCAGAUACAGAGAUCUUGCAGGAUAUAUCUAUGGUAAGGAAGCUUAUUCUAUUACGUGGGGAUUGCAAUACGUUAAUCUUUUCAUGAUUAACACUGGAUACAUUAUUUUGGCUGGUCAGGCUCUUAAGGCUGUCUAUGUUCUUUUUAGGGAUGACAAUGAAAUGAAGCUCCCAUACUGUAUUGCCAUUGCUGGUGUUGUAUGUGCUUUGUUUGCCAUUUCGAUUCCCCAUUUGUCAGCUCUAAGAAUUUGGCUGGGAGUUUCGACAGUCCUUAGUCUGAUAUAUAUCAUUGUAGCAAUUGUUCUUUCGCUUAGAGAUGGCCUCAAAGCACCACCGAGGGAUUAUAGCAUUCAAGGAACCUCAACAUCUAAGAUAUUUACAACAACUGGGGCUGUUGCUAAUCUUGUUUUUGCAUUUAACACAGGAAUGCUUCCAGAGAUACAGGCAACAAUAAGGCGACCGGUUGUUAGUAACAUGAUGAAGGCACUCUACUUUCAAUUCAUAAUUGGAAGUUUGCCGUUGUUUGCUGUCACUUGGAUUGGUUAUUGGGCCUAUGGAAAUUCAACAACUACCUAUUUGCUUAGCAGCGUUAGUGGUCCGGUUUGGGUGAAGGCUAUGGCCAACAUUUCUGCAUUCCUGCAAUCUGUCAUUGCUCUGCAUAUCUUUGCAAGUCCAAUGUAUGAGUACUUAGAUACCAAAUUUGGGAUUAUAGGCAGUCCAUUAGCGAUUCGCAACUUGUCGUUCCGAUUAGGCGUAAGAGGUGGCUACUUAAGCAUUAACACAUUAGUGUCAGCUCUUCUGCCCUUCCUUGGAGAUUUUGAGAGCCUCACUGGGGCCAUCAGCACCUUCCCCCUUACAUUUAUCUUAGCUAAUCACAUGUACCUGAGAGCAAAAGAGAACAAAUUGACCAAUUUGCAAAAGCAAUGGCAUUGGCUCAAUGUUUGUUUCUUUGGCUGCAUGUCUCUUGCAGCAGCAGUUGCAGCUCUCAGGCUUAUUGCUGUAGAUUCCAAGACUUACCAUGUCUUUGCAGAUUUAUGAUGAUUUUGGGGGGGAUCAAAUAAAUCCCUUCUUCAGAAAAUGUGUCCACUGUGAUUUCUUCUUCUAUUUGGCUUUAGCUUGUAGCUUUAAGCAUAGAAUAAAAAUUGAGAAUUUUAAUAUUUA